UUGUUGACCGUUGAGUAUUGCAUAGAGCUAGAGACAGAGACACCCUCCAAAGCAGCUGAAAUCUUCAUAAACCCUAGUCCGAGUCGCCAAAGUGGUCAUCGGUUCUUCUCCGGCGAUUUGAUUUACCGUCUACUUCGUACCGAUUCUCAUUGCUGCUUUCUUUCGAUUCGGUGAAUUACUGAGAAGGGUCUAUAACUCUGUCUCUAAGAAGCUGUUGAUAUUAGCACAGAACGAAACAGGAAAGAAAUGUUAUUGAAGUUUUCGUUUGUGUCUGUGAUUGCUCUCUCUAUUCGUAUGCUCAGAUGAUUUAUCUGGUCUGUGAUUCACUCAUUUGGUUUGGGACUACUGAGAUCGUUUUGCGCACAACCUGUUCGACGUAAUGCGUAGAAGAGAUUCUGCAAUUGGCCAUUUUGGUAUUUCUCUAUAAACGUUUUAUUGUUCUCUUUAUCGUAGAAAGGCGUCAUUUUUCGUGAUGGGUACCAAAGCGAUGACGUUCAAGUGGUCAAAGAAUAUCACGCCUUCACAGGUUAUCAAACUGAUGCGAGCUGAAAAAGACGUGGAGAAGUCAAUAGCAGUUUUUGAUUCUGCCACAGCGGAAUACGCCAAUGGGUUCUCUCAUGAUCAGAGCUCUUUUGGUUACAUGGUGUCGAGAUUGGUGUCUUCUAAUAAGUUUAAAGCAGCUGAAGAUCUUGUAGCUAGAAUGAAGUCUGAGAGUUGUGUUGUUAGCGAAGAUAUCUUGCUUUCGAUAUGCAGAGGGUAUGGUCGGGUUCAUAGGCCGUUUGAUUCUUUGAGGGUUUUUCACAAAAUGAAGGAUUUUGAGUGUGAUCCUAGCCAGAAGGCUUACAUCACUGUUCUUGCUAUUCUCGUGGAAGAGAAUCAGUUAAAUUUGGCCUUUAAGUUUUACAAGAAUAUGAGAGAGAUUGGUUUGCCUCCUACCGUGGCAUCUCUCAAUGUUUUGAUCAAAGCUCUCUGCAGAAAUGACGGGACAAUGGAUGCUGCUCUUAAGAUUUUUCUUGAAAUGCCUAAACGAGGGUGUGCUCCGGAUUCUUACACAUGUGGAACCUUGAUUAGUGGUUUGUGUCGGUUUGGAAGGAUAGAUGAGGCGAAGAAGUUAUUUAAGGAGAUGGUUGAAAAAGACUGUGCACCAACUGUUGUUACAUAUACUUCUCUGAUUCACGGUUUGUGUGGAUCAAAAAAUGUUGAUGAAGCAAUGAGAUAUAUGGAAGAGAUGAAAGGUAAAGGCAUUGAGCCAAAUGUUUUCACUUACAGUUCUUUAAUGGAUGGUCUUUGCAAAGAUGGUCGUCCUCUGCAAGCCAUGGAAUUAUUUGAGAUGAUGAUAGCUAGAGGCUGCAGGCCAAACAUGGUAACAUAUACCUCUCUGAUCACUGGUCUCUGUAAGGAGCAGAAGAUUCAAGAAGCCGUUGAACUUCUCGAUAGAAUGAAUCUUCAGGGUUUGAAACCUGAUGCUGGAUUAUAUGGGAAAGUAAUCAGUGGGUUCUGUGCUGUCAGUAAGUUUCCUGAAGCUGCCAACUUCCUCGACGAGAUGAUUCUUGGAGGCAUAACGCCAAAUCGGUUAACUUGGAACAUCCAUGUUAAGACUAGUAAUGAAGUAGUCCGAGGUCUUUGUAAAAGUUAUCCAAGUCGCGCAUUUACUCUAUAUCUAAGCAUGAGGAGUAGAGGCAUCUCCGUUGAAGUUGAAACACUAGACUCUUUGGUGAAAUGUUUGUGCAAAAGGGGUGAAUUUCAGAAAGCUGUUCAAUUAGUAGACGAGAUAGUGACUGAUGGGUGCAUUCCAAAUAAAGGAACAUGGAAGCUACUAAUAGGUCAUACAUUGGAUAAAACGAUUGUAGGAGAAGCUUCGGAGUCUCUUCUCAGAGAUUUGGGUAUCUAAGUGAAAGGAAGAUUGGAUGAA